AUGCAGAAGGGGAUGAGACUCAACGACGGGCAUGUCACCUACUUGGCGCUUUUGGCCAAGAAGGACGGAACGAGGCGAGGUGGCCUGAGCAAGAAGAGCUCGGACAACACCAAAUGGCACGCCAAAUGGUUCGCCCUGCUGCAAAACAUGCUGUUUUACUUCGAAAACGACUCGAGCUCCAGGCCCGCCGGACUCUACCUGUUGGAGGGCUGUGCGUGCGACAGGGCGCCGUCGCCGAAACCCUCCCUCUCCGCCAAGGAGUGCUUGGAGAAGCAGUACUACUUCACCAUCACGUUUAACCAUGACAACCAGAAGGCGCUGGAGCUCCGCACCGAGGACGUCAAGGACUGUGAUGAGUGGGUGGCGGCCAUCACACAGGCCAGCUACAGGAAUCUAGCCACGGAGCAUGAGACCCUCAUGCAGAAGUAUCUCCAUCUACUCCAGAUAGUGGAGACGGAGAAAACGGUUGCUAAGCAACUUAGACAACAGAUAGAGGAUGGUGAAAUUGAGAUUGAGCGGCUUAAAUCUGAGAUCGCCGGUCUUCUGAAGGACAACGAGAAGAUCCAGGCCACUCCUGAGGUUCCCCCCAGUGACGAUGACACGGAGCUCAAGAAGAUUAAGAAGGUCCAGAGCUUUCUGCGAGGCUGGAUCUGCCGCAGGAAGUGGAAGACGAUCAUCCAGGACUACAUCCGCUCCCCCCACGCGGAAAGCAUGAGGAAAAGGAACCAAGUGGUGUUCAGCAUGCUAGAGGCGGAGGCUGAGUAUGUCCAGCAGCUGCACAUCCUGGUCAACAACUUCCUGAGGCCGCUUCGCAUGGCCGCCAGCUCCAAGAAGCCCCCCAUCACCCACGACGACGUCAGCAGCAUCUUCCUCAACAGUGAGACCAUCAUGUUCCUGCACCAGAUCUUCUACCAGGGCCUGAAGGCCAGGAUUGCCAGCUGGCCAACACUGGUGCUGGCGGACCUGUUUGACAUCCUGCUGCCCAUGCUGAACAUCUACCAGGAGUUUGUGAGGAACCACCAGUACAGCCUGCAGAUCCUGGCCCACUGCAAGCAGAACCGGGACUUUGACAAGCUGCUGAAGCAGUACGAGGCCAAGCCCGACUGUGAAGAGCGCACGCUGGAGACCUUCCUCACCUACCCCAUGUUCCAGAUCCCGCGCUACAUCUUGACCCUACACGAACUUCUGGCUCACACGCCUCACGAGCAUGUGGAGAGGACCAGUCUCGACUACGCUAAGUCCAAGCUAGAGGAACUGUCCAGGAUCAUGCACGACGAGGUGAGCGAGACAGAGAACAUCAGGAAGAACCUGGCCAUCGAGAGGAUGAUCGUGGAGGGCUGUGAGGUGCUCCUGGACACCAGCCAGACCUUCGUCAGGCAAGGCUCCCUGAUCCAGGUACCGAUGAGCGAGCGAGGCAAGAUAACAAGGGGACGACUGGGCUCUCUCUCCCUGAAGAAGGAAGGGGAGAGGCAGUGCUUCCUAUUCUCCAAGCACCUCAUCAUCUGCACACGGGGCUCCGGGGGGAAGCUGCACAUCACCAAGAAUGGAGUCAUCUCUCUGAUCGACUGUACCUUAAUGGAGGAACUAGAAGGAACGGAUGAUGAAACCAAGCCAGAGAAGACUGGGCAGGAUGUGGAGCAUCUGGACUUCAAGGUGAUCGUGGAGCCCAAAGACAUCCAGUCGUACACGGUCAUCCUGGUGCCCUCGUCGCGCCAGGAGAAGGCUGCCUGGACCAGCGACAUCAGCCAGUGCAUCGACAACAUACGCUGCAACGGCCUGAUGAUGAACGCCUUCGAGGAGAACAGUAAAGUCACUGUGCCACAAAUGAUUAAGUCGGACACCAGCCUGUACUGCGAUGACGUGGACAUCCGCUUCAGCAAGAUGAUGAACUCCUGCAAGGUGCUGCAGAUCCGCUACGCCAGCGUGGAGCGCCUGCUGGAGCGGCUCACCGACCUGCGCUUCCUCUCCAUCGACUUCCUCAACACCUUCCUGCACUCCUACCGCGUGUUCUCCAGCGCCGACGUGGUGCUGGACAAGCUCAUCACCAUCUACAAGAAGCCCAUCAGCGCCAUCCCAGCACGCUCCCUCGAGCUGUUCUUUGCGAGCAGCCAGAGCAACAAGCUCCUGUACGGCGAGCCGCCCAAGUCACCACGCGCCAGCCGCAAGUUCUCCUCGCCUCCUCCGCUCUCCAUCACCAAGACCUCCUCGCCCAACCGCCGGCGCAAGCUCUCCCUCAACAUCCCCAUCAUCACGGGGGGCAAGGCACUGGACCUGGCCGCCCUGGGCUGCUCCCCCAACGGCUACACCGGCCUGCACUCCACCGUGUCGCCCUUCAGCAAGACCACGCUGGACAUCAACAAGCUGUAUGUGUCCAGCAAGACCCCCCCCGACGACGGGGACACCAAGGCCGAGGGCAAGGCCGAGGACUCGCCUCUGUCCAAGCAAGAUAUGGCAGUGAGGGAGGUGUGUGACGAAGAGCCCCCCCCAAGUGACGAGGUCGAGGCUGAGAUGUCACCCCCAAAGUCCCCCAGCACUCCCAAGAAUGUCAAGGCCAAAAACUCUGAGUUCUCUCUGUUUUCAUUUAACAACGGCAUGGUGGUGUCUUCGUGUCGGGAAUUGGACAACAACCGCAGCGCCCUGUCGGCCGCCUCCGCCUUUGCUAUCGCAACCGCCGGCGCAAACGACGGCACUCCCACCAAGGAGAAGUACCGCCGAAUGUCCCUUGCCAGCACUGGGUUCCCCACUGACCAGAGGAACGGGGACAAGGAGUUUGUGAUCAGGAGAGCUGCCACCAACAGAGUCCUCAACGUCCUGCGACACUGGGUCUCCAAGCACGCCCAGGACUUUGAGGUGAACACGGAGCUGAAGCUCAGGGUGAUCAGCUUCCUGGAGGAGGUCAUGCACGACCCUGAGCUGCUCACACAAGAGAGGAAGGCCGCUGCCAACAUCAUCAGAACUCUUACCCAGGAGGACCCUGGGGACCACCAGAUCAGCCUGGAGGAGAUCACACGGAUGGGACUGGAAGGGGGGAAGUCAGAGCCGUUUGAGAGCCACUCUGCCUUGGAGAUAGCAGAACAGCUCACUCUGCUGGAUCACCUGGUAUUUAAGGUCAUCCCCUACGAGGAGUUCUUUGGUCAAGGCUGGAUGAAGAACGACAAGAAUGAGAGGACUCCAUACAUCAUGAAGACGACCAAACACUUCAAUGAUAUCAGCAACCUGAUCGCCACGGAGAUCCUGAAAUGGGACGACGUGAACCUGCGGGUUGGGGUUCUGGAGAAGUGGGUGGCGGUGGCCGACAUCUGCCGCUGUCUCCACAACUACAACGCUGUGCUUGAGAUCACCUCCUCCCUAAACCGGAGCUCCAUCUUCCGCCUGAAGAAGACCUGGCUCAAAGUCUCUAAGCAGACCAAGACCGUAAUUGACAAGUUACAGAAGCUGGUGUCGUCUGAGGGGAGGUUCAAAAACCUCAGAGAGGCUCUGAAGAACUGUGACCCACCGUGCGUUCCCUACCUGGGCAUGUACCUGACAGACUUGGCCUUCAUCGAGGAGGGCACCCCCAACUAUACCGAGGACCAGCUGGUCAACUUCUCCAAGAUGAGAAUGAUAUCCCACAUCAUCCGGGAGAUACGCCAGUUUCAGCAGACAGCUUACAAGAUUGAUUAUCAGCCAAAGGCAUCCCAGUAUCUCCUGGACAGCAGCAGUGUGUUGGAUGAGGAGAGCCUCUAUGAAGCGUCGCUGAGGAUCGAGCCCAAGCCCUCUUCGUGA